GACAAGAUGCACCACAGAGCUUCUACAAAGCUUCCCAUAGCAAAACAACACGGACCUGGGUUUCCUCUGAGGAUUAUAAGAGUCACUUGAGAUUUGAAAAUAUUGUCUAUUUAACUGCAUUUUGCACAGGAAGAGCAAUACGUAAAGAAGAAAACCAUCUCUUUUUAUAUGAGCCAGUGUACUUUAACCAGAUGAAUGGAUUUAUUUCUUCCCUUCCUUCCUCUUAUCUUUAAAUGCGUGUCCUCCUAGGCUGUUUUGACAUACGUUAUAUGGAUUGUGCACUUGAAAGGCACAUGUUGUUACACCCACAUUCUUAAUAGUGGCCCCACCUGCUAAAGCCAUUGAAGUCAUGUUUCAUCUGAAGAAAUCCUCGCCAGGCUAGGAUGUUUCUUUGGCUGAGGCGAUCAGCUUCCCAAGAGAGGGUGAGAGCAAUUCUGUGCUUGUCCAUGCAGGGAGAGAAAAGCAGCAAGAGCAGAGAUUAUUUUUCAAGUUGGCAGAGCAGGCACUUUCCUCUGCUGUUGAAGACAACUCUUCUUCUCUUCUGAACCAGAACACAGUCAAGGUUUGCUUUUAAGAUAAGCCACCUGAAGUGCCAUGUCUACUACUGUACCUCCCCAAGGCUGUGGCAACAUACCCAACGACUACUACUUCCUCUGUGAUACCAAUAAUUAUUGGGGGAUUAUUCUGGAAGUUCUGGCAGCAGUUGGUAUAAUUGUCACAGCCAUCCUCAUCCUUGUGCUUUUUCUUCUUACCUGUAAAGCCCAAGACAAUACAAAACGUAGCCUGAUCCCAGUCCAGUUCCUCUUCCUCUUAGGCACUCUAGGAAUUUUUGGCCUCACAUUUGCCUUUAUCAUCAGGCUCAAUGAGCAAACUGCUCCCACACGUUUCUUCCUUUUUGGGGUCUUCUUUGCCCUCUGCUUUGCCUGUCUUCUGGCCCAUGCCUUGGAUCUCAUCAAGUUGGUGAGAGGAAGAAGUCCAUUUUCAGCACUAGUGUUGCUUAUUAUGGUCUUUGGUUUAACUAUUGUACAAGUGAUUAUAGCCAUACAAUAUGUAGCAGUCAAUAUCACAGCCUUGAAGGAAAUGCGCAAUGUGAUGAAUAAGGAAAGACGAAGAGACUUUGUUUUAAUUCUCAUCUAUGUGCUUUCCUUGAUGGCUCUCCUCUGCAUAGUUUCCAUGUUUGUGUUUUGUGGAUCAUACAAGAGGUGGAAGAGGCAUGGUGUCCACAUACUCCUCACAGCCUUGGUCUCCAUAGGCAUUUGGGUGGCAUGGAUUUCUAUCCUGAUACAAGGCAUCAGUGCUUUAGGUGAACCAUCACUUUGGAACGAUCCUCUCCUUGGCAUUGUUCUGAUAGUAAAUGGCUGGGCUUUCCUGAUUCUGUAUGCAAUACCCGAACUCUGUGUCCUCCCUGCUCCACGGCAGCCUGGAGACUAUCCUCUGGAGAACAGUUUUUGCCAGGCAAAAGGCAUGAAAAAAACAUACGGAAUAGAAAAUCAAGCUUAUGCUCAGGAAGACAACGCACAAGAAGAAAAUACUGGCUCAUAUGUCCCUUAUUCAACUCAUCUUCAACUGAAGAACCUUGAGCCCCAACAGGAGUUCUCUAUCCCACGCCCUAAAACACGGCUCAGUCCAUACCAAGAGUAUUCUGGAGGGAAAGGAAUCAAGUAACAGCACCACAGUGAAGAGGGAGAAGCAAUGCAGAGUUGACUGAGGUGUUGGUGCAGCAGUGCUUCAAUUUUGCUAAAUCAGGAACACGGCUUACAUUGCAGUGGAUGAAGAAAGAUUGUUUUCAUUUUCUUCUGUAUGUCUUCUGGGCUCAGCACAUGUAGCACUUUAUACUCUGAAUUCAGUAAUGAACCUCUUUUGCUUUUUUCACAUUUCUUUUUCUCACACAAUUAUAACUGCCUUCAUCUUUACUAGCCAGGCCUUCACCAGUGAUCCACAUAUGAGGAAGGAAGGCUUGAAGUGGGAUUCUUCACCUAUGUAUAUUGGUUCCCUGCAUGAUUUUGAACCCUUCUUACAUGAGUUCUGAAUCACAUGGGAAGUUUAGGCCCUGUUUUCAACUUUUCUCACCAAGAUGGAUGGGGAGACAGCAAAGCUGGUGAGGAAGGACUGUUCUUCCCACCAUACUACAGUAAUUACACAUGGGCUGAUCACCUCAUGAAGAUGAUGAUGAUGUCUCUGAGAUCCAUCAAGAUUUCUUUCCCCCAACUAUUUGUCUGAGCUCACUUUCCUCAGCAGAGAGAUCUCAUCCAAUCACAGGGCCUGCUGAACAUAGCAGAAGCAGAGAGCUCACCGACCAUUACUAGUCUCUGAAUUAACUAUACAUUUACUUAUUUAUUUUGCUUUCUAAAGCACUGAAAUUAGCAGGAGGAUCAUCAUGAUGUUUAGAAUACCAUUUCAUGAUUUCCUUCUGUCUGUACAAAGGGGGUCUGAUCAGGCAGCCAUAAAAAGGGUGUUAAAGGCUUUGGUUGAAGUCUGAUUUAUAGUUUUCUGCAAUGUAUAGUAAUGGGAACUAUUCAUCUGCAUCACCACUCUUAGCCUAUACUGUCUGGGGAUGAAAGGACAUGACAUGUCUGGAAGGCACUAGACUGGGGAAGCUUGCAACAAUGAAUGGGGUAGGUAAACCUAGGCUGCAAGAAUUGGUGAAAUGGUUGCAAUGAAAUUAGUGAAAUUAGGCCUGCAGUAUGUCAUUCCUGAGAAUAAGCCUUAUUACAUGUAAUAAGACUUUGUCAACAUUUCUUAAAAAGUGUACCGGAUAUACUAUGACUAGAGAAGAACACCAAAUAAUAACAACCUUAAAAAGUUAUUUAAAUUUUAGAGAGAAACCGAAGAAAGAAAAUCUUGGCUCAACAAGACAGUGACAUCAACAUCUCUUAUGUUGCUUGAUUUUUAUAUGAGAGUCAGGCAGGUGUUUACAUUUUCCCACUGAAAUCAAUGGAAAA